GGCCCGGCCCGGUAUCCGGGUAAGAUGGCCGCAGUCGGUGAGUGCUCGUUGCCCGCUCCGUGGCGGCCGGUCUCCCUCACUCACGUCGAGUAUCCCGCAGGUGAUUUCUCUGGUCAGCUUUUAGCUUAUUUGAGUCUCGGUCCAAUAUUCAUUAUUGUUGGCUUUGUAACACUCAUCAUAUUCAAGAGAGAGCUUCACACGAUCUCUUUCUUGGGAGGGCUGGCAUUCAACGAGGGAGUGAACUGGUUAAUAAAACAUGUAAUCCGGGAGCCUCGGCCCUGCGAAGAAGCCCAUUCAACAGUGACCACAAAAUAUGGGAUGCCGUCCAGCCACUCCCAGUUCAUGUGGUUUUUCUCUGUCUAUUCCUUUCUGUUCCUUUAUUUAAGAAUGCACCAAACAAACAAUGCGAGGUUUCUGGAUUUACUAUGGCGACAUGUGCUGUCCAUCUGCCUCGUCACAGUGGCUUUGCUAGUCUCAUAUAGUAGGGUUUAUUUGCUUUACCACACCUGGAGCCAAGUCUUGUAUGGAGGUGUGGCAGGAAGCAUUAUGGCCAUAGCCUGGUUUGCCUUCACACAAGAGAUAUUAACUCCUCUCUUCCCCAGGAUAGCUGCAUGGCCAAUUUCAGAGUUCUUUUUAAUCCGAGAUACCAGCCUCAUUCCUAACAUCCUGUGGUUCGAAUACACAGUCACGAGAGCAGAAGCAAGAAACAGACAGCGCAAGCUGGGUACGAAGCUGCAGUGACUCGAAGCGUGGGGACCAGAGAGCGCGUUUUAACGGAGACAGACAAGAGCAGAGACCUGGGAGCAGCAAGGAGCCUUUAAACAGACGGACCAAAGGAACAGGCAGGGACCAUACCCAAAACCUGAAAGCCUUUGCUCUGCUUUAGCAGCUAGCUGGAUGCUCCCUGAUGCAUGUGGGACCGUGCAGGAGUAGAAACUCAUUUUCAACACAGAUGCACAUUGCCGGUUGGAAUGUAACAUCAUGUCUACGUCAGGGGAAAGGGGGGAGAAAAUGCCUGGUGUCAUGUUUGGGGGAGGGAAAACCAAAAAUGAAUCUUUUCUGUGACUUUUAUUUUUUUUUUUUCUUUCUUUUUCUUUUUUCAGCAUGAAAUAUACACACUAUUUAUUUAUUUUUUUAAAUGGAACUUUUGUUUUUGGGGCGGGUGAGGCCUUGACUGUGUGUUCGGGUUUUGCCUUUUUCAGUUGGGUUUUUCUUUUUGGAAGAAGAUGACAAAACUUUAUCUCGAGCUGAUCAUGCUUCGUUAGGGCUUUAAUUUCUCUUAAACUCCUUAGGAGGGAGGGAUACCAGGAUGGGGUGACCGAGGCAGAAGGGAAAAGGAAGACUUUGUCCUUUCUGUGACCAGCUGGGGAGACCGAAAUCAAUUCCAACUGCACUUUGUACAGAUAGAAAGCAAGCCUAAAGGUCUGAUUUUAACACUAGUGAUGGUUCUGCAGGGAAGCCUGCACGGAUACCAUUAAGGGGAGUGUGUGUGUGUGUAAAAACAAAGGAAAAAGUGAAAUAUACUGACUAUUAUUUUUUUUUCCACUGCUGCUCCUGGUGUGUAAUUAGCAAGAGUGUCUUUCUCAGAAUCUCUCCUAGGUGGCAAGAUUAUUACACAUAUCUCAUGUUUAUUCCAUCUCUUGCUUUAUACUUUUUAUUACCUCAGGGUUGCUGUGACCUGUACAGCUGCUGUUGUUGUACUGAGCGUGCUGCCAAUGGCACUAGAAAGCCCAUUGGUGAGAAGCAGUGCUGUGCUCCUGUAAGAGUCAGCCCAAAGCCUUACGAAAUUCAGUUGCUAGUCUCUGUCUUGAGCACUGGAUUUUGCUUUCUUUUUUCUGUUAAAGCUUAAGGGAGGGAGUUUUAAGCAUGAACAAAGUGACAACCAUAAAUGAAUAUCAAGGCAGGUGACUAAUCACUAGCUCAGCUGCUGGCUGAAGUAUUCCUUUGAGUCCUGUUAGAAUCCACCCAUGAACCCAAGUAGCGAGCUUGUCCUAGCAGAGACUCCUACCACUUAUUACAGUGGCUUGGUUGGGGUUCUGCUGCAGUAACCUGGGAUGCUGAACUCCUACAAGCAAGUUUUGCUUUCCAUCCUUCUUCCGUUGGGAUUCUGCGUCUGGCCAGUCUGCUCUCUGGAUGCUGUGUCUCUGUGGGAGUGUGUCUGCCAUCUGUGUGUGCUGGUGAUGCCUACAACCUCUGUGAUCCAUGAGUUAACCUGGCAAGGGCUAUACUCACAGUGCUUCAGGGCUGUGCAUGGACACUUUCUAUAUUUCUAGUAUAUAAUGCAGCAGUUCAAGUGUAACUACAGAGAAGUAUUUAUUCAAAGCACAACUGACUUGAACUUUCACAGAUAAAGGACAGCUUCUGAACGGGCUCAAAGGUCCUCGGUGUGCCUUCGAUGCAGUCGUGUGAGCAGAGGUAAACUGACUGUCACAGCUCGGUCUUGCUGCCUGUUUUCCUAUCUCCACUUUAAUCAGACUCCUGCAUUAUAAAGCUGCUGGAAGUGAGACGUGUUUCUGUUCAUCUGGAUUAUUUUAAGUUUUCCUCUGUGCCUGUUGCCAUAGGAGUUUGUGUGUUCGUGUGGAGUGGGAGCUGCUGGAGAAACUUGGACAGCUAACGGAGUGUUAGCUGUGGAAAAAUUGCUGUUGCAGGAGCUAUGGGUAGCAAACUUCCUGUUUUCAGUCGUUACAGCAAAUUAUUAUGUAAAGUCCUGGUUAGUAUUUGCAUAACACGAGCAAUCCUGUUCGCAUCUGAAGGACCCGAGCACUGGAUCUGCUUGAAGGUGUAUCAGAAUAAAGAUGCAUCUCGCAGCUUUCACAAGGACAUUUGAUCUGACUUAGAGCAGCUCUGUUAAAAUGUGAGAGGCCAUCAGACAGGCCGCAUGUUUCAGUUGGAAAGCUGGUACUAAUCACUUAUGUCUUGCAAAAACCCAUUUAUUUUCUCUUCCUCUCUUUUGUAAGUCAACUCACAAAACCAGAAGGGAGAUGACAACAUUCUUCCCCAAGGACAAGGCUGGAAGAGUGGAUUGUUUCAAACGUGGCUAGUGCUUCCCUAGCCCCUCUUAAGCUGUUCACAAGGACAGAUUGCUGGAAAAACUCUAUGUGGAAGCACCUAUUGAGACCUAGAGUGUAGGGAAGAGGUUUCAUGUCUUCAUGGAGAGCGGUUUAGUGUACAAAGCUGUUCCACUUCAUGUUGCCUUCAAACCCAAGCUUCCCACAGUUAGGAGUAAGGGAGAGGAAGAAGAGCUCUUGUAAGACACUGUAAUAAACUCUCCUCUGUUCUCUGUGA